AUGGAGGACAUGGAUAAAGGCAUGGACACGUCACAAUUAGCAAAGUCGCCCACCCGGGGGCUUUACGGAAUCACCCGUCUCCGACGACCCCUGGCAUAUGGCGAGUUGGAUUCCACGCCGAAACUUGGGACAACCUCGACAGCGGAGCCGUCGGACCACAAGCAUGGCUUGGAACCUUGCACGUUCUUUUUUUACGACACGCUGAUGGGUCCCAAUGUGCUGAUGACGGUGCCAAAUUUGGACGACAGGCCCCGGUUACAAGGUGCGUGGAUCGACGGUUUCACCAUGAAGAUGUGGAGCGGUAAAUACCCCGUUGUUCUCCCCAGAGACAACGCAGCGACAGGGCCCCAGGACCGCGACUACGGCGAGAUAUGGCGAGCCGCGACCAUCAUUCGAUGUCUACGACUGCAGAGAUCCAAUGCGAUGAUGGCAAUUCUAUCAACGGUUUGGUCCAAGUGGGCGCGGGAUUCGAGGAGCAGCGAGCUCGUUGAAGGGAACUUUGACAUGCAGGACUAG